AUGUUAAACUCACGUGACAACCAAGGCAGUACCAGGCUUCCUCCACUACCUAUGCCUAGCUUCCCGCGGUUUAACCAAUCAAAUUAUCAACCAAACAGAAUGACGUAUGAUGAGCUGCCAAACUUCAGGUAUGAGGACACUUACAGCAAUCGCUUUUACUAAUUUUGCUUUACGAAACGGAGCGCUAUGUGGAUUGGUUCUAACCGUAAAAUAAUUCGAAUUCCAGAAUCCGGCAAAAUUUUGCUUAUGGAAGCUGGAAUUCGGAGAAGUUUCGCUUGUGGAAUCCGACAUCCAGCGAACAAUUGAAAUUCGGAAUCAAAGUUCCACUGACAAGGAAUCCGAAAUUCAGUUUCUGCUGAGUCCGGAAUCCACAGCGCGGAAUCCAGAAUGCAAGACUGUCUUGGAUUAAUGGAUCACUGUACCAAGAUCUGGAUAGUACUUCUGACUGGUCGUGCGGCGAGGGAAAUUUGCUUCAACCCAUCAGGAGCACUACCCAUAUCCCAGAAGUACUUCUCAUUGGCCGUGCCGCAUGGGAAAUUUGCUUCAACCAAUCAGAAGCACUACUCUGAUCUGGCCAGUGACACGUCAUCAGCUUGGAAUUUCUGCGCUUAUUCCUCAGACGUCUUUUUGAGGUGAAACCGCUGGUGGCGUCGCGUACUGUUUUCUCAGGCUAAGUUGUCCCCUAAAAAUGGCUGCGAAGGAGACUACGUUGUAGCAAAAUCGCUUUUUUUUCUCCUGAAACUAUGGAGACGUUAGAAAGUCUCGAGAGAGCAAGAUUAAUUUCUCCCGACAGUACAGACAUUGAAAGCGUAAUCAAGUACAGACUCUUUAAAAUGUUAUCUAUAGACUGUUACGAUUCAGUUUUCUUUUGUCUUUGAAGGAGUGAUCUUCGCAAAACGUACGACAAACAAGCAGAAAAACAAGAGAAGGUGGAUUAUCAGAGAGCCGUACAGGACUGGAACAGAAUGAACCUUUCCGAACUGAAAAAACUUCCUCCAAAUCCGCGGUAUCAUUUCAAGAAGACCAUUGUGUCGUAUCUCGGGACAACUCCAGGGUCAAGCAAGGCAAUAGUACCACUAACUGAAGAGCUGAAUGCCAAAACGCCGGAGCCGAUUGCGCAAAAGUAA